GGAUUGCAAACCUUCCUCAAAAGGAAGAAUCUUCAUGAUCCAAGUAAUUAAAGCAAAGCCUUUCCUUUUUCUUUCUUCCACAUAGCCUCUAUAUAAUCAAUCAAGCAUUAUUUCUCUCCCAUAUUCAUAGCCAUGGCUGACAACAACUCUUCUCCCCCGUUGCACCUAUGUUUCUUACUUCUAAUCCUUUUUUUCUUCAUGGGAUUAUCAUGGUAUGUGAACUAUGAACCGGUGCUGGAAAGUGUGCUGGACCGGGUGAAGUUGUUGCUGAUGGUGUUGCCGCUGCUGCUUCUAUUGGUUGUUCACUGGCUUUCCAACAACCAGGACAUCGGCCUAUAUGUAUCCUAUUUCCUUCCCCUGCCGGCACAGGACUCUCUUCAUGGAGCCGGGGGGACUCCUUGGGGUGUUGGAUUCUUGCUUGUGUUUCUGCUCAUCAUGUUGUCUUUCCAGUCUGCUUUCCAAGAACGUUGGUUCCCUCUUCUUAGUAGAUGAUUUAUAUGAAAUAAGUAAAAUGUUAUUUUUGUUCUUAGUAUUAAUUAAUGUAAUUAUUACCAGAAUGAAUACUCUAGGUUGUUCUAGAAUAUAUUAGAUUCCAUUUGGCUACUCAAGUUUAUAUUCUCAAAUGGUUCUGUAUUCUUUCUUCAGAAGAGCAUUAUAAGAAUGCUUGGUCCUCUUCUUUAGUUCCCCUUCCUUCCUACCGGUGUACUUGGGCCUAGACCACACAUGCCCAGUUACUACCUCUUCUUCCCUUGUGACCUUAUAUUGGCCCAUUAAACCAUUCAUUUGUUCAUCAUAAGAACACUUUUUCUCCCACGCAUCAGCAAUAUAAUCAGCAGAUCCUGGAACGUCAAGGCAUAUCACCAGGAACAAAGUAGAGCUCAGACGAUCCAGAAAUAACUCCAUCAUAUGAAUCCUUAAUCUGGGGAUAUAGUUUUCCCCAGGGUGGAGACAGGGAUUCAUCACUACAACCACUAUCACUUUUAUUACUUUGAAAUCUCUCUUUGCUUCAGAAAAUCUCAAGCCAUGUUUUGAGAAGCAGUUUUCUAGAGAUGGGGUUGAGACUUGUAUAAAACAAUGCCAUUGUU